AUGGGUGAGCAAACUCUUGAUGACGGGUUUGGAGGUGCGGUAGAUAAUUUGCUCGCCGAGGUCGACCUCGAAACUCGCGGCUGCCAGCUUGUUUCACCGGCUCGCAGUGCAUCUUCCGACAAUGAUCGAUUAACUGCCCUCAACAAGCUGAGGACUCUGCUUGAAGCUCCAUUUGGCUCAGGGAAUGUGAACGACCAGCCAAAAAGUCCCCUCUACGAUGGCGGCAAGGACUUCGGGAGCCAUGAGAUCCAUGGAACCUCACUGCAAAAGCAUCAUGCUAAGGAGAGCGACCGUCCAUCUCCUGCAGCAUCACAUCUGUCUGAUACUUCAGAGAAAUCACAGAGACCGCUGAAAGGCACAGACCGUACAAGCGUGCUUAAGCAUGCGGAGGCUGUGAUUGAAUACCAGCGUGACCGUAUCAACUCAUUGGAGGAAGCCGUUGCCAAGUUCAACGCAGCUUUGACGCAAACAACUGACAUGUACAAGCAGGAACUACAGCGUCAGGUCGACGACAACCUGACUUUGCGCCAGGAUAUGCAAAAGGUGGUGACUGAAUUUGAGGUACUAUCGAAGCGGUAUCAGAUGGACAUGGGUGAGACAGAAGCUCUAAAGAAGCAGGUUAAUUUUCUAUCGCAUGACCUGUCGAAGAAGGAGUUGGCACUUUCGGAAAUGCAGGAACAAAUGCAGCAACUCCCGUUGGAUAACAACGAGCUCAAGGAGAAAAAUCGUUUACUUUCGAACGAAGUGGAACGUUUGAACCGUGAGAUACGUGGGAUUAGCCUCCUGGAUUCUAAGAUAAACGCAAAGAAUGCUACUGCGGAGAUCGCAGGGACAACUCAGGCAUGUGCUGCUCAACAUGAGCGUCUCAAGGCGAGCAACAAAUGCAUUGCACAGCUAGAAAAUGACUUGCAGGCUUAUAAACGCCUGACGGAAUCGCAAAGUAUGGAUAUUAAACGCCUAAACUAUCAAAUUGAAAAGAUGCGUGGCGCUACUAAGCCUAACGACUACCUGGUCUCUGCGCAGCGUCAGAUGUUACAAAUCAGAUCCGUAUUCCUACAAUUGGCGAAGCAGGCGAAGGAACCUAAGGCUGUUUCGCGUCAGAGUACCGUUGAAGAGGAUCUGAACAACCGUUCUUUGUAUGCGGCUUACAAUAUGAAGACAUCCGCAGAAUUCCGCGAGAUGUACGACAAGCUUCUGGAAUUGAUGAACCGCAACGUGUCAAGACCAUCAUACCAUCAAGAUUUCUACACUAUUGUGGUGACAUACAUCCGCGACACAAUUAGUGAGGAAGUUCAUCUACGUAUCGACGAGUCGAUGUUAACCUUUGACAAAGCAGAGGAGGGUGGUAUGACUGAAGUGGUUCGAAUCCCUUUGAGCUCUGUGCUGGGUGUGAAGAAGCUCGACGAUAGCAAUGAGUUCUGCAUCCACACCAGUGACUUAUCCUCGCAUGUGAUUCGUGCAGGAAACCGUGACGUGUUCAAUAGACUCUACUAUGCUUUGCAGUACGGUGGUUUCAUUACUGAUCAUUUGAGGUUUUCAGUAUUCUCCAAGGUUGACUUCAGCUGGUUACCUUCCGAUUCCACUUGGCCGGUGAACAGUGCUGUGGUUUUGGCUGCGGAGUCGAGCUUGAAAGGUGACUGUCCUACUGAUUUCGAGGGAGUAAGGACUACUUUGUGUGAUAUCUACAUAAUAACGGACCCUAUUGAGCGUCUUAUGACUAUCGACCACUGCACCAACUCACUUGUAGUGAUUGGGCCACAGAUGUCGUCUACACCCUUUAUCGUUCCAUGCAACAAUGUGUUUGCGGUACGACUUUGUGACCCUCAGCAUACUGCGUGCAACCCUAUCAUGGCUGUUGAUCCACCCGUUGCUACGCUGGCAAAUGGCGCGUCUACUGGUUCUUAUUUCACCUCGUCGCAGCACAUGUUUGCCUUUGUUUUUGAAAACAAAAGGGUACUCUUCGUGAAGGGUGUUGACACUGAUAAUGAAAAGCGACUGCUGACACUCGUCCACAAGGGUCAAUACCGCCAGUUCGAGGAUCCCUCUGACCGAGCCGUUCUCGAUGCUGUUGAUCAACAUUCUCCGGAGCAUGGCAAUUCCGGUAACUGGGAAACCCCUAUUGCUGAUGGCCGCUCACAGGAGACUAUUGGGGACCGUUCAGGAACAAUGGCAUUGGAAACUGCACCAAGCAAGGUUUACGAGCUGAAGGAUGACAAACUCCUGCUUUACAUGCAACAAGACGAGCAGAUAGUGUUGGAUAACAACUCUUGUUACUUCAGGGUCAACGAGGAGACUUGCGAAGUUGCGCUUUCCUCGGGUUCUUCGGAAACCUACGUGUUGAGUUUCCCUAAAACGGAGGCUCUGCAGAGCUUUGUGCGUGAUUUGGAGUCUCAUGGAUUUAGGCAUCUCAAGGAAGCUGAGGUCCAUCGCCAAGUUUGCAUAGUGACUGUUGGCUGUCUGCAACUGUACAAGGACACAAGUCAGCCACCAAUUGUGACUUUCAACAAAGAGGACACAUAUGUAACGGUGAACGAAGUUAGCCGAGAGAUUAAGAUUUCGAAUUCCAAGGACAAGACAGUGAACAUGACUCUGGACUGCACUAGCCCUCUGGAAUUCCGUCGUUGGCAAUUUGCUUUGGGUUUCGCGGGCUUCCUCAAGGUACCUGUCAAGGCUAAGCAAGGCGACACGCUGAAGAAGUACAUUUUCCCAAUAAAGAUCUUUGACGACAAUGCUUCGUCUGAGCGUCGUGCAUUCCAGGUGGAGGCUAAGCGUAUUUGUCUAUAUGUCAAUCCCACUGUUAAGGAUCCCUUCUUGAUGUUGGACAAGUCCAGCAUAUCGCUGGAGUUGAUUGAUGCUGAGCGUCGUCUCAGGCUCUAUGUAAAUCGCAAUUCAAAGAUGGAGGAGCGUUUCGAUUUUGUGCUGACUAUGCUAACGGAUUAUCAGGCUCUGAAGACCUCGCUGAAGAAGCAUGGCUACGGACUUGAACCACCUAAGGGCAAGGGUUCCACAUAUCACUUUGUUCUUGCCAAGUCUGGGUUGAUUGCGAUUCACCGUACUAAGUUUGACCCUGAACCUCAACUUGUGUUUGAGCGGAAGAACUAUACUGUGGAUGUUUCCAACAAGUGCAUCAAAUUUAUGUCUAAGGUUGAUUUGAAUAAGAUCAUUCAGAUCGAUUUCAAGAAGGAUUUCAACUUCAAGAGAUGGUGCAUGGCUCUGAAAGUGGCUGGUUACUUGCCACUAACACCUGAGCGUGUGCCUAUUUUAUACAUGCCCACCAUCGUAUACGGUCACAUAUGCCCAGAAAUCCCUACCUUACUGAAAGGUCAUUUGAAGUGA